AUGGAAGAAUUAGAGCAACUCAGAGCCGAGAAUGCUAAAUUGAAGACUAGACUUCGAACUUAUGAAGAUGAAGUGCCAACGCCAUCUUCUGAGAAUGAAAAAACAAUCGUCGUGGAUGAGUGUCUAAUCGACGUUAUAAAGACUAUGAACGGAAUUGUAAAAGAGGAGAGAGCAAAGAUGGAAAAAUAUAGAGAAGAGGAUCACAAACAUUAUCAAGAAUCCGUCGAUGAGCUUCACAGCCAUUACAAGGAACAAAUGGACACUAUUCAGGAAGAGGCCAAAAAGCAGAUAAAAGAUAUUGAGGGACAGUACAAGACCGUCUUUGAAGAGCGCAUGAACGAGGUUCGUGAGCAUUAUGAGACGGAAAGAGAAUCUAUCGUCGAAAAAUUCAAUGAAGUGAAAGAAAAACUGGCGCAGGAGAGAGAAGAAACUUCUUCGCUAAGGAAAAAAGUGCGCCAACUACAGAGCUCCUAG